UUUCUAUUAAAAAUAGUUUCUGCCUGCUCUGCUUGGUUGCCUUAAGACCCAUCACUUUGGCCACGAUUUUGGCAAACAAGAUAACCUGGUGCCCAAAGAAGCUGUGUAGAAGCUGUGAUUGGAAAGCGAAGCAGUUCUUGCACGGGAAUGUUGAUUCCCGUAAGAACAGUAACAGUGGUUAUGCUGGUGUUAUAGGGUUCCUCCCAGCCGGAUCACAAACUUUGAGGUGACAGAACCAGGUGCUGGAAGAGAUGACAGUGUGCAACAGCCAAUGUGAAGUUUUCAUGCUGUGUUCUUCAAGGGGAUAUUUGUACUGCAUCACCAGGGUGUAAAAUGAGCUGUGUAAAUACAGCCUUCCUUCCCAGGCUGUGCAUCAGCAAUGGAUGAGCAGUCCUUUGGCCUUUUUGCCCUGAGUAGAGACUGUCAGCUGCAGGGAUGGAGCAGGGUACACCUGUUACCCUCUGGCAUAGGUGUAAUUUAGACCAGUUUUAUUCCAUGUGGCUCCUUGAGUUUUCUUCUGGUUGUUUCUUCCCAUCCUGUGUAGUGAGCUGUAUUCUGCAUAUGCUCAUGCGUGAGAUGUCGCAGUGUUAGUUGUAACCCAUUUACUUUAUGGAAGGAAGUAGGUAGGGGCUGGGGCAGUUGUUGAGUCUACCUCGUUUGCCUGUAGGCAAUUAGAUGGUGUUGUGCAACUUCCUGUGCAGAAAUCCUGCUGUCAGUGGUGCUUCCGUGACUCAUGGAAACAUGCUGCUUUGUCUUUCAACAAGUGUGCACUUGCAGACUGCACACCUCAUCCAGCUCCCUCUAUAACAGGUUCAAGGACUGAUUUCUGUCUUAGGCUUCAUGUGUGUUGCGUAUGUUUUCCCAGCUCUGGCAGCUUUCUCAACGCCAGAGGAGACAGCCACAAGUAAAACAAAAGAUGUCUGAGCUGAUGCUCUGCUGUCUCUGGAUGGACCUUUUCACACAAGUUUGUUGAUUAAUUCCCUGUUAUAUUGUGCACUUGCUGUUUCAUGUGCUCGCUGAGCAGUGAAAAACCAACUUUUUCUUACUGUGCUGUGUAAAAGCACAUAGCUUUCGAACCCAGCUGUCCACACCAGAGCUACCGACUGGCACAGCUCGGUGUGCCUCUCAGCAGCAUCUCUGGGCAGCUUUAACUCUGCUGGAGUGGCGGUUUUCCAUCCAUUAAGGGCUGGAUUGGAGGUACUCGGGCACUUCUACUCCAUCUUUGUAUAGUUUGGCUUCUUUUCCGCCAGCUGAGCAUCCCACCUAUGUAUAUCAUGUCAGUUCCAGUUGCUUUUCUUGCACAGACCCAAGCUGUGUGCUGGGAAGCUUGUGGCCAGGCAGCAGCAGUUACCCAGCCCUCAUCCUCAGGCUGAUGAAGCAAAUCGACCUAUCCAGCUACCUGGAAACAUGGUUAGUUUGGGGGAUGUUGACUAGUCAAAGUACAGCCAGCUCGCUUUUGGACUUUUGACUGUGCUAUGUGAGAAGUUUUUAGUGUCACCUGGUGUUUCCAUAGCUUCGUCUUAUUACCGCAGGUACCUUUCCAUUGUGAACAAAGAAGCUUUACAUCAUCCAUAGCGUUUCACUGAAGGUGUGCUUUCAGCAUGCAGGGUUCUGUGUGGUAAACUGGAUGGCUCUUGUGUGGAAGAGAUGCUGUUGGCCCAGUUGUUCUAGUGUGUGGUUGCCAUUUUGUGCCAUAACUGUUAUGAGCAGAGGGGUUAUUCUGGCAUGAUUUUAACACAAAGCCAAAUGAAACAGUUGAGUUCAGAGAGAGAGAGAGAUGGCCAGUAGCAUGUGUGGGGGAGGAUGUUGUGUUAUUGUUACUGGAACAGCUGGGGAGAUGAGCAAUGUGAGGACAAGAAUGUCAUUCUGCUUUGCCUUGAGUUCUUUGUGUCUGUACGGGGAUGACCAGAGCUCCAUGAGCUCCAUGUUUCUGAGGAUGCAGGCAGGUGUUAUUCAUCCCUUUGGCCUGUCUCGAGGCAUAUCAAUGCUAGUGACUACUGAAUUUUGUUGCCUUUUUAGUAGUUUCCUGCUUAUGGAGCUUUCAGGAUGCAGCUUAAAAGAAAAUGAAGCAUCGGUGCAGAAGUUCCUGUCCUUGCUGGGCAGCAAGAGUUCCUGAAAAGCCCUCUCAGAGUGUAGCCAGACCUUAAAGGACCAGUCAAACUAAAUGGGUCCAGUCACUGGAAUGACUCCGGAUAAGAAAGCUAAAAUUCCAGGAGCAGAAAAAGCUGCAGGACUAAGACAGUCGCACAGGAUGGGAAGCCUGCCCGAUGCAGGAGAUGCUGGGAGGCCUAAGGCCAACAUAGUGGACAGCGAUUCAGCGGAUGAUGAGCUCACAAACUUGAACUGGCUGCAUGAAAGUACUAAUCUUCUAACAAACUUCAGCCUUGGAAGUGAGGGUCUUCCAAUUGUCAGCCCUUUAUAUGACAUUGAGGGUGACAGCGUGCCAUCCUUCUCACCCUCCUGUUACCAGAAUCCAGAAAAAAAAUCUUCCACUUCCAAGCCUCCUUAUUCUUUCAGCCUUCUCAUCUACAUGGCUAUUGAGCACUCUCCCAACAAGAGCCUCCCAGUCAAAGAAAUCUACAGCUGGAUCCUGGAACGCUUCCCCUACUUCGCCACGGCACCAACGGGAUGGAAAAACUCUGUCCGACACAACCUCUCCUUGAAUAAAUGUUUCCGGAAGGUGGAGAGAAGCCAUGGCAAGGUGAAUGGAAAAGGUUCCUUAUGGUGUGUUGAUCCAGAAUAUAAGCCUAAUCUCGUUCAAGCACUGAAAAAGCAGCCUUUUCCUUCAGCACUUGCGUUUUACACUCCACCGGCAUCACCACCAAGUAGGUCAUCUUCUCCUCACUACUUAUCUUCAGUACUUAAGCAGAAUAAUGGCCGAUCUCUCAAAGAAUCUGAUAUUGAUGCUGCUACUGCAAUGAUGUUGUUGAAUACUUCAAUUGAACAAGGGAUGCUAGACUGUGAGAAACCUCAGUCUCUGAAGACACCUAAGAAGAGGAGUUAUGGCAGUGCAUUUAAUCCUUCCAGUUCCAUAGAAAAUGAUUCUGCAGCCACCAAUAUUGAUCCGAAGGAGGAUCAUAAUUACAGCGCUAGCAGCAUGGGUUCUCAGCGUUGUGCAUCUAGGUCCAGUGUGUCUUCCUUGUCCUCUGUCGAUGAGGUGUAUGAAUUUAUCUCCAAGAACAGCCAUGCUGGAAGUGACGGCAGUGAAGGAUUUCACAGCGAAGUGGAUACAGACGUUGACUAUGAAGACGAUCCUCUUGGAGACAGUGGCUAUGCAUCACAACCGUGUGUAGAUACCUCUGAGAAAAGUCAGCCUAGCAACAAAGCACUCAAGGAGUUAUGUCAAGAAAUUGAUGAGGAGCUGAAAGAAGCAGCGGGGUCCCUGCUCCACCUUGCUGGUAUCCAAACGUGCUUGGGUUCCUUAAUAAGUACUGCAAAGACCCACAGUCACAAGCAAAGGAAAAAAUAGUGUGCUUGUCAAUGUUGAAUAUAUAUUGAACAUAUAUUUUUUUUAAUUGUGGCAAUACUCUUCUACUUUUACCCUUCACAAGGGAGAUCAAAGCCAUAAGAGGACUCAUUGCUUUUUUAUUUUUGGCACUAACUGUAAUUUAGCCAUUUGUUUUUAAAUCACUGCCUAAAAAGAAAAAGAAACAAAUUCAACUUCUCAGAUUAGAAGAGAUGCAUGACUUGUGAAAACCUGAAAGCAAACUUCUCAAUGAUCACUGUUCUCCUUUUUAGCUUUCUUUUAAAUAGUUUUGUUGUUUUUGUGUUUUUUUUUUCCCCAGAGUUAUAUUUGCUCAGAUGCACGUUAUGGUUCAUGUUGACAUCUCUGCUGGCCCCAUCCGCAGAGGUGAAUUUUGCCCUAAGGGCUCUGACUUCCAUGUAAACAUUUAAAAAGGAGGAGAAAAAAAGAAAAGGAAAGAAAGAAGGAAAAAUAAAAAGAAACGUUCUAGCCUGAAUUACCUCCUCCCGUGCGCUCUCUCUCUGCUCUUCUAACCUCUCUUCAGUGGAAAUGCUGCAGAAGUAGCUCCCAGUGGCUGCAGUUUUCAGCCCAUCCAGUACAGUGUCUGAAAACUGCGCCACUGCAGGAGGUGCUCUCAGUGAGCUGUAAGUACCUGGGCAGAGGGAAGGAGCACAGCCCUCCCAGGCAGAGUGGACAACGGGUAGCUGAGGUGGGUGUCACCCUCUGCUUUAUUUUUUCUUUCCUGCUUGUACCCCCACUGCCAACCUGCUGUCUGUAGGCCAGGUUCCUGAACCUGUUGUUGUCGUCAUUUUUUUUCUCACCUUAAGGCAUGCUGUCCUAGUGGGGCAGAGGCUGGGGGUCACUUUAUUGCAGAUAUGCACGCACCUUAGGUGUAGCCAGCAGUGAAAGCUGCCACUUGCCAAGCUUGAUGUCCUCUUAUCACUGCCACUGUUGAACAUGUAGAAUCGUACAACCAUGGGAUAUCUUGGGAUGGAAGGGACAAGUAAGGAUCACUGAGUGCAACUCCAGGCUCCACGUAGCACCACGUAAUAAUCAGACCGUGUGUCUGAGAGCGUGCUGUUAGCACAAGUUCUGCUGCUACCCCCUGCUGCAUUUGCUGCCUUGCUCCCCAGUGGAAGAGGUGGACUCAGAGAAUAAAGAACAGCAGCUCGUGCUGUUAAAUUGGAAAUAAGGAAGAGGUUUUAGGUGUCUAGGUCAUGAAUGACCACUGAAAAGAGAAUUUUCACCCCUAACCUGAAACAAAGCCAAAUAGUUUCCUUUUGAAUCACUGAAGAUGGAAAAGCAAUUUGGGUUUUUUGGCUGUCCGUACCCUCAGUUUCCUAGAUGAGCGUGCCUUCUGCCUGGUGGUUGCUUUUGGCCUGCCACAUGCAGUGCAUCUAACAAGCAAGGCAAGUCUUUGCCCCUUGGAUGUCUGUCAUAACUGUUUUCCUUUACAGUUCAUUUUUGCAAUAAGAGUCUCCUUAGAGUUCCCACACAUCUUUUGGCCAAAAUAAUAAUAAUAAAUCAGUGGUAUGGUAAUUUUUUUUUCCUCUUUAAUUAAUAUGAUUGAUGGUUUCUGAUCUUUUAUUGUUAUUUUUUUAAUUAUUUUUAAAGAAAAAAGGUUUUCUGUUCAAAAAUGGGUAUUCAGUGCUGUUAGAGUGGGUUGUAACUGUGCUGUAACAAUAAGGAUGCCUUAAGUAUGUUUCAGAGUCUUAGACAAUAUCAGUGGUCGUCUUUCCUGUUUCUGAAGGGCAGUGCCAUGUGCCAUCAAGGUUCUUAGCUGACGCAUUGAGCUGUUGUUUCCAGCAGUUCUUGGGCGAAGCUGAGUAAGAGUUAGAAGUAGGAAACUAGCGCCCACUGUUUGGGCAGUUGAAGACAGUGCUGGGUUCAGCCCAGAGGUAACCUUCCCCUUGCAGAAUGUUUUUCUGGCUCUUUGGAGGCCUUUUAGAGAUCAGUGUUUUCUGUUUGUCAAUUCUUUCAUGAGUACUGCCAUAAAUGUAUGUUUUAAAUAUGAACACAGCCGUGCUGCUGAGGGUCUGUUGCUCUAAGGGCCUGGUUCAGUGCCUCUUGAAGACAAUAGUGGUGCUCCCACUGAUUUCAUGGCUGUAGGAUCAAGCCUGAAAUAUCUGAGGUUCUUUUGUAGCAUGUUUUGGAAUUCAAAGCCAACUUUUUUUUAAAGCACAAACACUAGAAAAUGUCUUUAUUUUUUUGGUUGUUUUUGUUGUUGUUUUUUCCAAUCACUUCAGUUUUAAGAAUGAAUUAUUUCUUGAUAGGGAAGAAAAGAACUCUGACGUAUUCCUACUCUGUGUUAACAGCCACUGGUACACAUCUGUACACAUGGUACAGGUGCAGACGUCUUCUGGAUAUCACAAGUGGUGCAUUAGCCAACUAGAUCAGCUGUUGGAUGUUACUGAUGGGUAGUAGGGGAAAGCUUGCUGUUUGAAAGAAGGUUGUAGAUCAGUGCAGUGCAGUUUUGGAGGUGGAGAUGUGAAUGCUCAGUGGAACUACUUUUUGCUCCUGGUUUGCUUCAGCACUUUGACUGAAUACUGAAAAGGGCAGAGUCUGCGUCAGUGCAGAAAAUGAGGGUUCACCUACAGAGAGGUGCCGUUAGCAGUCAGGGUUUUGCUCAGCGCCAUGACUUUGGUGGCGUGCUGUUGAAGAAGGGUGCCAUAUGGCUCGUGUUGGAGUUGGUUGCAACUCUUCUCUGGCUUCCAAGGAAAGCUGGAUCAAGGUCCAGUCACUUGGGAAACAGUGCCAAUAUCAGCUCCAUGGUUGGGUUUGGUUCUGAGUUUCUUUUGGCCUUGAAUGAAAACCUGAGGAGGUUGAUACUGUAUUAGGAAGUUGGCUGUGCCAUGACUAACCCUGAAGCAGGUGAUCGUGGCUUCAGUGUUACUGAAGGAAUGGGACUGGGAAGCUACCAGUGCAUUUAAUGACCAUAUACAACAAGCAAUAAACCUACGCUGGUGAGCAGCUAACAGUGAAAGCUGCGUCUGUCCUCACAGCUUUCAGCAGGAGAGAACUGGCUGUCAGAAUAGCUGCGGUUCCUUUUGCUUCCAUAGCUAGAAUGGGGUUUGGGUUUGUUUGCCACCUGAGUUAAAGACCCUGGUGUAUAUAGUAUAAAUGGAGUAUAAUUAAAAGUUAUUUUGACUGUUGGUGGGUUGGUUUUCUUUAGCGACAUAUGUAAAAUGUUCAUGCCAAUGGUUGACUCUAAUAUACUUUAACAGCAGUUAAAAGGCAACAAAAGUAUUAAUGAACCACCUUCAUUCCUUUAAACGCAGUGGAGAAGUGCGCGGGGCAGGUGUGGAAGGGAGGUUGCUUUGCUUCGGGUAGAUUGUGAUGUGGGUGCUGUACAAACCGGUACUGGUCUUUCACACCCAGAUACUGAAUUACUGCUUUGGUGAAAGUUGCCUCAAAUGUUUUAAAAUCCAACUUUAAAAUGGAGGUUGCCUAGCUGGCGGCUGCUCAUUAGGCUGAAAAGGAAAAGCUUUGGUUAAAGCAAACUACACUCACGUGUGUUAAUAACGGUGUAGUCAAAAUAUUUAUUGAAAAGAAGAAAUAUUCUAAAUGUUGCACCUGCCAUUCUAUCUUAAAGCACGUUCUUCACAACUAACUGCCAGUGCCAUUACCAAGUCUGUUUUAUAAAUGUACAUUUCUUCAAACUAAAAAGUGCAUAAUUAAAAGUAUUAUGUUGCUGCCAUAUAGUGAUAUGAAACAUUUUAUAAUUGCCAAUUCAUUGUACCUAUUAUUUAUUUAAAAGUGAAUUGUAAGAAUGCUUUCUGAUCAAAUGAACCAGAGUUGUUUUUAAAACGUUCCCUCUAGCUUGUUUCUGAUGUAGCAUAAGCAGCGUCCUUGGGUUUGGUUAGGAUAAUUUUGCCCGUAGGUGACCAGUUCUAACCCUUUUUCCUCCACUUCAGUCCUUUACCCGUUUUAAAGAAUAUUUACAGAAGUUUAGUUUUUUUGUAUGCUAAUCUCUGUUAAUUAAAAUGUUUAUAAAGUUUAUUUUUACCAAAGAGAUGCAAUUCAUUAUGACAAAAUAUUGCAGAAUAAACUUUGUUUUAUAACAUUUGUGACUUUUCUGCCCACAUUUUUCAUUCAGAUGAUCAAAGGGGCUUUUAUAAAAUAAACGGCAUUGCAAACAAA